AUGAGUUUAAAUAAAGAGAAUAUUGAAAAAUAUUAAACAAUAAAAAAUCAUCCUGCUUUUGAAAAAUUAAAUUACGAAAUAGUUAAAAGCAUAUCUGAAUAACUCUUUGUAAUAGAUUACAGAAAAUAUGGAAUUGUCUUAAGAGAAAAUAUAGAUAAAUAAUCAUUCAUGUACCUUGUAAGAAAUGGAGAAUUCAAAGUAAGUUAUUAUUUAAUAUAAGAUGACAAAAAAGAAGUCAUAUGUAUAAAAAUAAUUAAGAAAAUAAACAAUUGAAAUUUGCAUACUCAUUAAAGGAGAUUCAUUUGGAAUUGAACAUUUUAAGGAUGACAUUUAAUAAAUUUACAGCUAUACAGUACUAAUAAUUUUAUUUAUGAAGAGGUUUCAUGUUGCUCUAUUCAAGGUUCUUUAUAUGUUUUAGAUCUUAGUUAAUUAAGAUAUAUACUCUUCCAUCAUAAUUAUUUUUGUUCCUUAAGUUAACUAUUUAAAUAUCCAAUCUAAAUUAUGAAAAAUUAAAUCUAUCUCUUAAGAGAACAGCAAAUUUUAUAAUAAGAAAAAAAAGAAAUUAUAAGAGAAGAAUCUUAAUUCUUACCAAGAAAAAAUUCAACUAGAUUGAGAUCUAAUAGUUCAUAAUUUACAUAUACAGAUAAAGUUGGUUUCAUUAUAUAAGGUUAAAGUUAAUAUUUAAAUAAUAAAUUUCUUACUAACCAAACUAUAGAUGAAGAUAAAUACAUGCAUGAAUCAAUUAUGUAGAAUAUACGAGCAAUGAAAUCUAAUCUUUAGGAAUCAAACAAAAUUAUAAGUAAAAGUAUCAAUGCUGUUAAUACACCUGAAGAAAGACUAUAAUUUAUUAAGCAUGACGAUUAUAGAUCCAAAAUGAAAAUUAUGAAUUUAUUAGGUUAUAAAUCAAAGUAGAAGAGAUAAACUAAUUAUACUAGAUUUUGGAACUUUAAAUCUUUACCUUCUAAUGGAUGA